AUGAAUCAUAUUUCCUCGCCCAAUGAACCUUUCCCUUCGCCUCAGGCCCUCUCCGCAGCCACAUCAUCUCACACCCAGGGGAGCUUCACGAUAUCCACACGCAAGCUGCCUAUCUCAAAAUCCGGACCUAUAGACGCCAUGACAGAGCGUCUCGGUAUUCCCAUCCCGGAGAUGAUCUUUGGCGACAACAUGGUCUCCAUUGCGCACAAGAAUGGGUGGUGUCUAGGUUUCGACGCCGAGGGGGCGCUCGAUGCCGUGGACAAGACGGGAGGCAACAUGCUCAAGGUAGCCUACGCCCGCGACUGGGAGAGCACGCGCGAGGGGACGACACAGAAGAUCAAGGAGGUCGUCAAGCCGUACGACUGGUCGUACUCGACGACGUACGGCGGGUCGCUCCAGCCGGGGAGUGCCCCCUUUACGCCCACCGACAAGACCAUUCCGAUUGAGCUUCUCAAGAGGCGCGAUCCGAUAUUGUUCUUUGACGAGGUGGUCCUGUACGAGAGCGAGCUCGACGACAAUGGUAUUUCUGUGUACAGCGCCAAGCUCCGAGUCAUGGAGAAGAGGAUGUUGCUGCUCUGUCGCCUGUUUAUGCGCUUGGACAAUGUGCUUGUGCGCAUCCGAGACACGAGAGUGUACGUGGACUUUGACAUGCAGGAGGUGAUCAGAGAAUACACAGCGAAAGAAUCGCCCUUUGAAGAUGUGAAGAGAGGCUUGAUGAUGUCCGGCCGCUUGCCAGAUGACGUGACUAUUGGGCUACGAGAUCCGAAUGUACUGGACCCCUUGCUCAAAGUCGUCGAGCACCGUACAGAGGCAGUGGAUCUAUCUUCCUGA